GGGAGCAAGCGAGGCGCAGCGAGCGGGUGAGGCCGGCGUCCCCCGCCUCGGCGGCGCCCCGGCCUCUGUCCACGCCGCGGGGAGGACGAACUUCACCAGGUAACUCUUCCUGCAGGAUGAAUUAAGAGAAGACGAUCUCAGCCGUUGAGAAUGGAGGGCAGUGUGUCAGCUUCCAGUAUGCAGGACCCUUCAUCCUCACCCUUGGAAAAACAGCAGAGCUCCGCUGAUCGUAAUGGAGAUCUUGACUCAGAAGAGGGCUCCAGUUUGGAGGAGACCGGCUUCAACUGGGGGGAGUACUUGGAAGAGACGGGAGCCAGUGCAGCUCCACACGCAUCCUUCAGACACGUUGAGAUCAGCAUUCAGAGCAACUUCCAGCCGGGGAUGAAGCUGGAGGUGGCCAACAAGAAGAACCCGGACACAUACUGGGUGGCCACAGUCAUUACCACCUGUGGGCAGCUGCUGCUGCUGCGUUACUGUGGUUACGGGGAGGACCGCCGGGCUGACUUCUGGUGUGAUGUGGUGAUCGCAGACCUGCACCCCGUGGGGUGGUGCACGCAGAACAACAAGACCCUCAUGCCCCCGGACGCUAUCAAAGAGAAGUAUACAGACUGGACAGAAUUUCUCAUUCGGGAUUUGACUGGUUCCCGGACGGCCCCCGCCAGCCUUUUGGAAGGUCCUCUGCGAGGGAAAGGCCCUAUAGACCUCAUUACAGUUGAUUCCUUAAUAGAGCUGCAGGACUCUCAGGACCCUUUUCAGUUCUGGAUAGUUAGUGUGCUUGAGAAUGCUGGAGGAAGAUUACGCCUUCGCUAUGUGGGAUUGGAGGACACUGAAUCCUAUGACCAGUGGUUGUUUUACUUGGAUUACAGACUUCGACCAGUGGGUUGGUGUCAAGAGAAUAAAUACAGAAUGGACCCACCUUCAGAAAUCUAUCCUUUGAAGACGGACUCAGAGUGGAAACGUGCUCUGGAGAAAUCUCUUAUUGAUGCCGCUAAGUUCCCUCUUCCAAUGGAAGUGUUUAAGGACCAUGCAGAUUUGAGAAGCCAUUUCUUCACAGUUGGGAUGAAGCUAGAGACCGUGAACAUGAGUCACAUUUGCCCUGCAUCCGUGACCAAGGUUUUUAACAAUCACUUUUUUCAAGUGACGAUUGACGACCUCAGACCAGAGCCUAGUAAACUCUCGAUGUUGUGCCAUGCGGACUCUCUGGGGAUCUUACCAGUUCAGUGGUGCCUUAAAAACGGAGUCAAUCUCACCCCUCCCAAAGGUUACUCCGGCCAGGACUUCGACUGGGCAGACUAUCACAAACAGCACGGGACCGAGGAGGCACCUCCCUUCUGCUUCAGAAACACAUCGUUCAGUCGGGGGUUCACGAAGAACAUGAAGCUUGAAGCCGUGAACCCCAGGAACCCGGGCGAGCUCUGUGUGGCCUCCGUCAUAGCUGUGAAGGGGAGGCUGAUGUGGCUCCGCCUGGAAGGCCUGCAGAGCCCGGCUCCAGAGUUCAUCGUGGACGUUGAAUCUAUGGACAUCUUCCCUGUGGGUUGGUGUGAGGCCAACUCCUACCCUCUGACUACACCACACAAGACAGCCUCACAAAAGAAGAGGAAGAUCGCAGUUGUGCAGCCAGAAAAACAAUCACCAUCCACAGUGCCUGUUGAGAAAAUACCUCACGACCUUUGUCUGUUCCCUCACCUGGACGCCACAGGAACGGUGAACGGGAAGUACUGCUGUCCUCAGCUUUUCAUCAACCACCGGUGUUUCUCAGGUCCCUACCUCAACAAGGGCAGGAUCGCCGAGCUGCCGCAGUCGGUGGGGCCAGGCAAAUGCGUGCUGGUCCUUAAGGAGAUUCUUAGCAUGCUCAUCAAUGCAGCUUACAAGCCUGGGAGGGUGUUACGGGAAUUACAGCUGGUGGAAGACCCACACUGGAACUUUCAGGAGGAGACGCUGAAGGCCAAGUACAGAGGCAAAACGUACCGGGCUGUGGCCAAGAUCGUCCGCACCUCCGACCAAGUAGCGGACUUCUGCCGCCGGGUCUGUGCCAAGCUCGAGUGCUGUCCAAAUUUGUUCAGUCCUGUGCUGGUUUCUGAAAACUGCCCGGAGAACUGCUCUGUUCACACCAAAACUAAGUACACUUAUUACUAUGGGAAGAGAAGGAAGAUCAGCAAGCCCCCGAUUGGGGAAAGCCGCGUUGAGAGUGGACACCCUAAGCCGGCCAGACGCAGGAAGCGACGAAAAUCCAUGUUUGUGCAGAAGAAGCGGAGGUCGUCUGCCGUGGACUUGGCCGCAGGCUCCGGAGAGGAGAGUGAAGAGGAGGAUGCAGACGCCAUGGACGAUGACUCUGGGAGUGAGGAGACCGGCUCCGAGAUCCGUGAUGACCAGACAGACACGUCCUCGGCCGAGGUGCCCUCCACCCGGCCCCGGAGGGCCGUGACCCUGCGGAGCAGCGUGGAGGCCGAGCGCCGGGCCCCCGUGGAGAGGUCGCGCAGGGCCCGGAGGGCGCCGGCCGCCCCCCAGGCCGAGGGAGCCCCCCGGAGCCCAGCCACCAGCCAGGAGGCAGCAGAGGAUGUGAAGCAGGAGGAGGAGGAAAGGUUGGUUCUGGAGAGCAACCCGCUGGAGUGGUCGGUGACAGACGUGGUGAGGUUCAUCAAGCUGACAGACUGCGCGCCCCUGGCCAAAAUAUUUCAGGAGCAGGACAUCGACGGGCAGGCGCUGCUGCUGCUGACACUCCCCACGGUACAGGAGUGCAUGGAGCUGAAGCUGGGCCCCGCCAUCAAACUGUGCCACCAGAUUGAGCGGGUCAAGGUGGCCUUCUACGCCCAGUAUGCCAACUGACCCCUCCUGGUCCCAGGCUGCCCGCCGGCCCAGCGAAUGCCACAUCUUGGGUCUCAGGAGGUUUCCUGGGCUGGAACUUCCAUUUUCCCCAGACGUGUGUGAUGGUGCGUCCAACAGGUGUCCACAUGAGGGCCUCCUCCGCCCACCAGCCUGCUCGACAUUUCCGUGUUUGCAGAGCACCCAAGCCCACAGCAGUGGUCCUGCAGGGUGUGAGUUACCGCUCACACCCCACGGGUGUGGACCUGCAUCUCUGUAGACCACACCCCAUCUUUCUCCUGCCCCAAACCAGGCAGCUUCCUAAGCCAAGGCCCAUGCUUCAAAAACCCAGGCGCAGGUGAUGACUUUUCCAUCGUGACCUAAGAGGAGGUCUUCUGGUGACUUCACGGUCAUUGUACCCCAAGUGCCUCCCUAGGUGCUUCUUUCAGGUCGAAAUGGGUGGCUGUCACGGCUCUGGGCGAUGUCUUGGAUGACAGCGGAAAAGGGACUCCGCCUGUUGGGCAGUGAAGGAAGAAGGAGCAUGUCAUGGUGGGGCGGUGGGCAUCCAGGGAGCCUUCAGGGAGGAGGCAUGCUUGCCAUCCUGUAUGGAACCUUCAAGGUCCCCCACAUUCUGAAUAACUGCGACCAGAUGGGAGAGGGGCUUCUUGCAUCUCUUAGGGCAUCUUGCCUUGUGCAUUGAAGGCAGAGAGCUUCGUUCCGGAGAGCAAGGCCGGGGGAGACUGGGGAAAGCUGCUGAUGCACCGGCUCCUCCCCUGAGGGGUCGCUGCUCCAGGUCUCCUGGGGAGGUCCCCUCUGAGCCCCAGCUUGGUCACCCCUGCAGAGCCACUCGCGCCCCUGGGUCAGCCAGUGACUGACCCCGUCAUCUGGGCUGACGUUGAAUCACCCUGGACCUCCUUCUGGUGAAGCAACAGGUAUGAACUUUGACGAUGUGGCAGGGACAUGGGUCCCCUCGUCCCCAGCGCACUCCUGCUUCCAGAGGAGAGUCUGGAUUGGCCAGAAGGAGACAAAGAGACUGACCAUGUAAUGCUGCAGCCCACCCUGCUUCUGGUUGACUUAGGAUGUCCCUUGGCCGUUUUCAUUAAGUGGGGCUCGUCAUUUAUAGAAAGAUCCAUGACUCCAGGAGCCAGCUGGUCUCUGGAACCAGGCACUUGUCCAUAUGUACCCUGCAAGGAGCUGUUAGAUUUUUUUCAGUCCCAAAUGGACCAUCGUCUUCUGUGCUGGUUGUUGCUCAAAUGUCUUUUUCAACUUGUGCGCGGAAGCUCAGCCUCCACGUUGCCCAGGAGAAGCGGGGGUGCACAGCCUUCUCUUCCUUUAUUACCUUGACCUUUUCUCUUUGAUGAGAGUGUCAACAGUUCGAGGAAUAACGUCCUGGGCGGGCUGAUGAGCUGCUUGUAUUUCUGCAACAUACGGAGGCCCGGCGUCCUGUCAGAUCUUGAGAGGCCCAAUCACGCAGGCUAACCUUCUGUUGUCAUCUGUCACCAAUACUGAUGAAAAGGGAAACACGCAUUUAGUGGUUGAGGCUGUCGUCUCCCCCGUGACUGACCUAAGGCAGGUUUAAACAUUUGGCACUGGACUUGCCUGGGCGCCUCGGCCGGGAGCCCCGUCUUCUCAGCCCAUGAACACGGGCAGUUCCGUGGGGAGUCAGGCCUGGCCUGUGGUUUGAUUUUUCUUCUCCGGGCUCAAGUUUCCACUCCUUCUCUGUUCUUCACCUCUUGUCUCUUUAGUCCUGGGGCUUUUGUCCAGCUCUGUCAGCUGCUUGAGAAGGGCUUCCUUGAAAGGCCUUGGGUGUUUUCCUGCCUCGGACACACUUGUGAUCCUCACUGUGGCCUUUUCUAGCUGAGCUCCUCCCAUUGCACAUGUGGUGCAAAUGAAGCGGGGGACACUCACUCUUUAAGAAUGCGUGUCACCUUCUCGUGCCCUCCCUGAAUGGCACUGGGGUGGGUUGCUCUGGAGUCAGGUGCUCUCUGGUGCCUGUGGCAGGGGUAAGCCCUGGAGUCCACCCCGAGGAGCUGGAGGCCUCCCACCUGGCAGCUGAGGAAGACCCCCCACUGGUGCUGGGAAUGUGGCCUCUUCCCGAGGGGCCAGGUGUGCAGAGCCCCCCUCGUCCUCUUUGAGGGCUCAGCGCUGUCAACCCGCAUGCCUGGUGAGGGGCCAGCCGUGCUGGGCCAGGGGAGGUCCAGCUGCAGCUUGGGGCCGUCAGGGUGCUGUCAGCCCGCCCUGCUAGGAGCCGGGAGACUCUUCAGGGUCAAGAAGA